AUGACUGCUACCUUUAGAGAGGUGGUUGAUUGUAUCUAUAAAUUGAGCAAAAAUAUUUUGACAACAAAACAAAAUGGAAGGAACCUUAUUCCCACAGAAAAGCUGGAGAAGUUAUCCAACUUAUCAGCUGUCUUGAGCUUGUUGUCCUUGCUGCUAUCAACUGUAGCCCUGCUGUCCCCUUACUGGUGUGAGGGUAAGCAGAAGGUUCCCAAGCCGCUGUGCUCUCCACUGAAGAAGAGCGGUUGCAUCCCCGUGCCGGGCCUCUCCGACUCCAGCGGAGGCCAGUUCUCCUGGGAGACCGGUGAUGACCGUUUUGUCUUCCCCAGCUUUCAUUCAGGCCUGUGGACCAGCUGUGAGGAGAAUAUCAACCUGGAUGAGUGGGAGGAGAAGUGUCGCAGUUUUAUGGAUCUUACACCUCAGUCUGAAAAAAUCAUGCUCUGGCUCUCUGUGACCAUGGAGAUGAUGUACAUGGGGCUGCUGAGCACCAGCUGCGUGCUCUUGUCGCUGCAGCUGUGUGUGCACGCCUGGCUGCCCUCGGCCACCCGCUGGGGACUGCUCCUCAACGCCUUCUCCGCCAUCUUCACCGUGCUGGCAGGGCUGCUGGGCAUGGUGGGUCAUAUGAUGUUCAUGCAAGUAUUCCAGGUCACCGCCUCGAUGGGCCCAGAGGACUUCAAACCUCACAGCUAUGGCUACUCCUGGGCCUUUUACGUGGCCUGGGCUGCCUUCUCUGUCUGCAUGUCAUCUGGAGUGUCCACCCUCAACAACUACACCAAAAACUUCCUGAUGCGCAACUUUGAAAGGAAAUCGUGGUCCUUCCCAGAGGAAAUAGUCCAAGGCUCUUCCCAGCUUCCCACUGCCUCUUUCUAUUGUCCCCCGCCUCCUCCCAUUCCACCGCCAUCUCCGCCGCCCCCACCGCUCUCACCCCUGUCUCCAUACUACAGCCCCUCAUGCAACUCUACCUCCUCAAACUUUGACCACCUGCCUCCACCUCCGCCUCCUCCUCUCUCCCCUUACUACUCCCCAACCGUACGCUCUCCAUCUCUCUCCCUGUCCCAUUCCAACCUCAGCCAUAUACCACAGUACUCAGAUGAUGGUGACUCACUGUAAGAAUGUUGUCAGUAACCAUAGAAACCAUUGUGAAUUGCAGCGUGCCCUGAGAUUGUCAUUAAUUGUUAUCAAGUGCACAAAUAAUGUUCCUAAAUUAAACUUAAGGUCUGUA